AUGUCUGCAACCACAAAACAAGCCAUCCCCAAGUUGUUCCCAAAGCCGCUGCACAAAUAUGUUGGAAAUGGAAGGGUGUUUCAGUGCCUCAAAUCGUACGAAAAGUAUGGUGUGGUUGCUUACCUGAAUUCUGUCUAUAAUCUAGCGCCCUCGUUCAAGUGGAUGCUGAGCAUCGUUCCGCUCUACGGUAUAUUUGUUGGGAACCCACCGGUUGAAAAGAUUGACGUCAACUCCAGCGCGGCUCUCUGCACGACUGGUUUGUUGUGGUUUGUGUACGCACUUCUCAUUCAGCCGCAAAACUCUGGCAGUCGGUCUCUUGCUGCUGUCAAUGUGUGUUUGGCGGCUGUACACGGCUACAACAUUUAUCGCGCCAUGUCAUACAAGAGGUCGAAAGCUCUGCAUUAG